AUGUCUACUAGAACGGUGUUAUUGAGGUUGAAUAACCACGGUGAGCCUGUAAACCAUGAGAAAGCUCAUAAUGGAGUACUAAUUGUUCCUCCAUUAGAAUUACCUGUUGAUUAUAAAGUGGGAGAUGCCAUUUAUAUUAUUCGAUUCCAUAUUGGAGCCACAUCUCCUUUAACCCAUAAAGGUGUUUUCCACAUCAAUGCCCCCAAGAGUUCCAAUGAUGAAUUUCAAAGAGACAAAUUUUAUGAAUACCCAAUUGCUAAUGACUUUUAUAAGGAUAGUAUUAUUGAUAUACCCUUAUAUACCACUGGUUCAUUUGCCUUUUAUAGUUCUUAUGAAGACGGCAAUGGUACUGGAGAAGGCAGUAAAAUUAUCACCAAAAAGUUUUACUUUAAUGUGGCACCUAACUUGAGAAUCCAAGGUAAAUUUGUUGCUUUAAACAAUAUCAAUAUUCAAUCGAUUUGUUCAAAAUUCAUUGGACCUAUUGACAAAUGGGAUUCAAUCUUCAAGUAUAUAAGAAAAAAGGGUUAUAAUAUGAUCCAUUUCACUCCUUUACAGUAUAGAGGAGAAUCCAAUUCUCCUUACUCUAUAUUUGAUCAAUUAAGAUUUGAUCCAACCUUAUUCUCUUCAAAUGAUGAAGCCAUUGCAUUCCUCAAGAAAGUUGUCACCGACAAUAACUUGUUUGCAAUGACUGAUAUUGUAUUAAAUCAUACUGCCAAUAAUUCUGAAUGGUUAAUUGAACAUCCAGAUGCUGGCUAUAAUGCUGAAACUGCUCCUCAUUUGAAAUCAGCCAUUGAAUUGGAUUUGGCCUUGAGGGAAUACUCCAAUUCUUUGGGCAAAUAUGAUUUACCUACAUAUAUUAACUCCACAGAUGAUUUGCACCGUAUUAUGGAAGGUUUAUCGGAGCAUGUCUUUGUAAAACUUAAGUUAUGGCAAUAUUAUGUCGUUGAUAGAGUGGGAACUUUGGCUAAUUUGGAGGCUGCCUACAAAGAACAUGGAGCUAAUAUCAGUCCAGUAGAUGUUCCAUCUGAUUUAGACAGAGGAGAUUUAAAGCAAGUUGCAGAUUUCACUUGGAGAGUUGCCGGACCUGGUGAUGGAAGAAAAUUAGAAAGCAGAUUUAGUAAUGCUUUGAAUUCACACAAGCUUUUAGCUAUUGUUUUGAAAAUAGUUUCCAACGAUUCAGAUGCUUCCAGAGUACUUGACGAAGCAGGAAGAAUUAUCGAUGAGAUUAAUGUGGCCUUUUACAAAGAUUAUGACGAAGAUGUUCAUACUAUAAAAAACCAAUUGUUCAAUAGAACAGCCUACUUAUAUUUAGAUCAUAAUGGUCCCUUAAAAGGUAAACAGAUUACCGAAAAGGAACCGUUCAUUGAAACUUAUUUCACCAUAUUUAAAGAUUCAACUGGAAAACAAUGGGAAUGUGCCAACAAUGGUUGGUUAUGGGGAGGUGAUCCAUUGGUUGAUUUCGCUUCUAAUAAGUCUAAAGCAUAUUUGAGAAGAGAAGUUAUUGUAUGGGGUGAUUGUGUGAAAUUAAGAUAUGGUAAUGGACCUGAAGACUCACCAUAUCUUUGGGAAAGAAUGAUCAAAUAUUCCCGUUUCUGUGCUGAAGUUUUUGAAGGUUUCAGAAUUGAUAAUUGCCAUUCAACUCCUUUACAUGUUGGUGAAAGAUUAUUGGAUGAAGCCAGAAAGGUGAAUCCUCAUUUGUAUGUUGUUGCAGAAUUAUUUACUGGUUCUGAAGAAACAGAUAAAUUGUUUGUUGAGAAGUUAGGUAUCAAUUCAUUGAUUAGAGAAGCAAUGCUGGCCUGGAGUGUUCAAGACUUAUCAAGAUUAAUCCACAAACAUGGUGGUAAACCAAUUGGGUCAUUGACAUUAUUACCAUUAGAUGAAGUGUCAUACCCCUGUGCAAAUGAACCUGACUUUGCAACUUAUAGGGCUUGUGCAACAGAGUUGGAAAUUCCCACAUUUGUCUCCCAUCAACAGCCACACGCUUUGUUUAUGGACUGUUCUCAUGAUAAUGAAACACCAUACCAGAAGAGAACUGUUGAGGAUACAUUACCAACUGGAGCAUUAGUUGCAUUUUGCUCUUCAGCAAUUGGCUCAGUGUUUGGGUACGAUGAAUGCUACCCAUUUUUGCUUGACAUUGUUCAUGAGAAAAGGCAAUAUACUUACGGUAAAAAUGGUAUAGCCGAAGUAAAAGCCAGAUUGCACGAAGUGAGAGAGAAAUUGGCACUUGAAAGUGACGACAUUGCCAACGACCAUGAAAUGUACAUUCAUCAUGAAGGUCAAUACAUUACAAUCCAAAGAUACAAUACGAAAACUGGUAAAGGUUGGUACUUGAUUGCUCGUAAUAAAUUUUCAGAUUACUACGAUCAACAAAUGUUAAGCCCUGUUCAUUUAGGUGGUACGCAAGUCAAAUUAGAGUUCGCUUAUUCCUUAAAGAAAACAGUUGACCCAGAAAAGAAUCCUGAAUAUAUUACGGGAAUUCCUGUUACGGUUGAGGAAUUGGAAUUACCUCCCGUUCAAUAUGAUGGUCAUGAAAGUUUGAUCACUGUUGAUGAAAGGUUUGUCCCUGGGUCUAUUGCAGUUUUCUCAACUACUAUUCCACAUGUUGAUAUUACCUUGGAUAAGUUUAUUAGAGAAGGUGCCAUUGUUGCAUCUGAGAAAUUAGACUACAAUGAUUUGAAUGCAUUGUUAUACAGAUGUGAGAAUGAAGAACGUGACUACAGUCAUGGUGCUGAAGGAUGUUACGAUAUUCCAGAUUAUGGUAAAUUAGUUUAUGCUGGGUUAGGUGGUUGGAUUUCUGCUUUGAAACCAGUUAUCUAUCAAAACAACCUUGCACACCCUAUCUGCAAUCACUUGAGACAAGGCGAAUGGGCAAUGGAUUAUGUUGUCAAUCGUUUAGACAAGUAUGCUGAGAACUCAUCUGGCUUAGGUGAGUUCCGUGAUUGGUUGAAAUCAAGAAUCGAGGCUAUUAAAGUAGCUCCUUAUUUCUUAAGACCUCAUUAUUUUGCUCUUGUUUUGGGUAUUGCCUAUGAAGCAGCACGAUUUAGAGCAUUGAGAUUAUCUACCCGUCUUAUUCAAGUGGGUGGUAACUUCUUACAAGAUUUGGCACUUACUUCAGUUCAAAUGGUUGGGAAAAUGAAGGGUCCCUCUAUUUUCCCCUUUGAGCAAGUUCCAUGUCUUGCAGCCGGUUUACCUCAUUUCAGUUCAGAUUACAUGAGAUGUUGGGGUAGAGAUGUCUUUAUCUCAUUCAGAGGUUUAUUAUUAGUCCCUGAACGAUAUGAAGAUGCUAAGUUGCAUAUUCUUGGGUUUGCCAAAACCUUGAAACAUGGUUUAAUCCCUAACUUGUUGGAUUCUGGUAGAAACCCUCGUUUUAAUGCAAGAGAUGCUGCUUGGUUCUUUAUGCAAGCUAUUCAAGAUUACAUUAUCAAAGUUCCUAAUGGUAUUGAGAUUUUGAAGGAAAAGGUUACCAGAAGAUUCCCAUUGGACGAUACCUGGGUACCUGUUGAUGAUCCAAGAGCCUUUUCUCAUGAAUCCACUAUUGAGGAAAUUGUUUAUGAGAUCUUCCUGAGACAUGCAGGUGGUAUCAAGUAUAGAGAAGCCAACGCUGGCCCUAAUUUGGAUUCGCAAAUGAAACCUGAAGGGUUUAAUGUUGAAGUUUAUGUUGAUUGGAACACUGGUUUAAUUCAUGGAGGUUCACAAUGGAAUUGUGGAACUUGGAUGGAUAAAAUGGGUGAAAGUGAAAAGGCAGGUAACAAGGGAUAUCCUGGUACCCCAAGAGAUGGUGCUGCUGUUGAAUUACAAGGGUUAUUAAAGAGUGGAUUAAGAUUUUUCAAUAAUUUACACGAUAAAGGAUUAUUCAAGUAUUCAUCAGUGAAGAGACAAGACGGUUCAACCGUUGGCUUGAAGGAAUGGGAAACCUUAAUUCAAAAUAAUUUCGAGAGGUGCUUUUAUGUACCAAUUGAUCCAUUAGAUGAUUACAAAUUUGAAGUGGAUGGUCUGAUUGUGAACAGAAGAGGUAUUUAUAAGGAUUUGUUCCGUCUGGGUAAACCAUUUGAAGAUUAUCAAUUAAGACCUAACUUUGCCAUUAGUAUGGUUGUUGCACCCGAAUUAUUUGAUGCUAAACGUGCAGUUGGAGCCAUUGAUGUUGCCGAUUCUGCCAUUAGAGGGCCUGUGGGUAUGCGGACUUUAGAUCCAAGUGAUUGGAAUUACAGGCCAUAUUACAAUAAUGGUGUGGAUGAUUAUGAUUUUGCAACUUCCAAGGGAAGAAAUUACCACCAAGGUCCUGAAUGGGUUUGGUGUUAUGGUUACUUUAUGAGAGCAUAUCAUCAUUUCAAGCAGGGUACUAAUCAACAUCAUUUACAUGAAUUGAACAUGAGACUUAUGCAUCAUGUUGAUUGGAUUAAGAAUAGUGAAUGGGCUGGUUUAACUGAAUUGACUAAUAAAGAUGCUGAAUAUUGUAAGGAUUCAAGUCCUACACAAGCAUGGAGUACAAGUUGUUUGUUAGAUUUGUAUCAUGAUGUAUACCAUGGCCUUAGGUGA